AUGUCGACCUUCUUCCAGAAGCAGCAGCAGGUGGCUGCGCUCGACCCUCGUCUGGGAGGGCUCAUGGCGAGCGCCGGUCUCUACAACCUCAAGGCGCUCAUCAAGGCCAUCCGUUCGUGCAAGACGCUGGCCGACGAGCGAUCGCUCAUUCAGAAGGAGUCUGCCUCCAUCCGAACCGCCUUCAAGGACGAGGACCCCUUCGCACGCCACAACAACAUCGCAAAGCUCCUCUACAUCCACAUGCUCGGCUACCCCGCCCACUUUGGCCAGAUCGAAUGCCUCAAGCUCGUCGCCACCCCUCGCUUCACCGACAAACGCCUCGGCUACCUCGGCAUCAUGCUCUUGCUCGACGAGAACACAGAGGUGCUGACGCUCGUCACCAACGGCCUCAAGAACGACAUGGAGCACUCCAACAUGUACGUCUGCGGCCUUGCGCUCUGCACCUUUGCCAACAUCGCCUCCGAGGAGAUGUCGCGCGACCUCUGCAACGAGAUCGAGAAGCUCAUGGGCAGCAGCAACACCUACAUCCGCCGCAAGGCCGCCAUCUGUGCCAUGCGCAUCGUCCGCAAGGUGCCCGAUCUCAUCGACCACUUUGCCGACCGCACCAGGCAGCUGCUCUCGGACAAGAAUCACGGCGUCCUCCUCUGCGCCGUCACCCUCGCCAUCGAAAUCGUCCGACAGGACGCCGACGCCUUGCAAGACUUCCGACGCGCCGUGCCGCUGCUCGUACAGCACCUCAAGUCGCUCGUCACCACCGGAUACUCGCCCGAGCACGACGUCUCGGGCAUCACCGACCCCUUCCUCCAGGUCAAGAUCCUCCGCCUCCUCCGCGUGCUCGGCAAGGAAAACGCGCAGGCGUCCGAAGCCAUGAACGACAUUCUCGCACAGGUCGCCACAAACACAGAAGCCUCCAAAAACGUCGGCAACAGCAUCCUCUACGAGACCGUGCUCACCAUUCUCGAGAUCGAUGCGGACAACGGCCUGCGCGUCAUGGCCAUCAACAUCCUCGGCAAGUUCCUCGGCAACCGCGACAACAAUAUCCGCUACGUCGCGCUCAACACGCUCAGCAAGGUGGUCUCAAUGGACACCAAUGCGGUGCAGCGCCACCGCAACAUCAUCCUCGAUUGUCUGCGCGACGGCGACAUUUCGAUCCGCCGCCGUGCGCUCGAGCUGAGCUAUGCGCUGAUCAACGAGAGCAACGUGCGCGUGCUCACGCGCGAGCUCCUCUCCUUCCUCGAGGUGGCGGACAACGAGUUCAAACUCGGCAUGACCACGCAGAUCUGCCUCGCCGCCGAAAGGUUUGCGCCCAACAAGCGCUGGCACAUCGACACGGUGCUGCGCGUGCUCAAGCUCGCGGGCAACUACGUGCGCGACGAGAUCCUCUCGGCCUUCAUCCGUCUCGUCUGCCACACGCCCGAGCUGCAGGCGUAUACGGUGCAGAAGCUCUUCUCGGCGCUCCACCACGACUUUUCGCAGGAGAGCCUCACGCUCGCCGCCGUCUGGGUCAUCGGCGAGUUCGGCGACGUGCUCGUCCAGGGCGGCAACUUUGAGGACGAGGAGCUGGUGCGCGAGGUGCAGCCCAAGGACGUCGUGGACCUGCUCUCGUCCGUGCUGGAUAGCCCGUAUGUCAACGGCCACAUCAAGCAGUUUGUGCUCACCUCGCUGGCCAAGCUGCAUACACGGCUGUCGGAUUCGGCGCAGCAGAGCCGCAUCGAGCAGAUCAUCGGCAGCUUCGAGAGCAGUGUCGAGGUCGAGAUCCAGCAGCGCAGCGUCGAAUUCUCGAGCCUGCUGCGCAGGAGCGACAUCCGCGAGGGUGUGCUCGAGAGCAUGCCACCGCCCGAGAUCAAGCAGACCGUGCUCGGCACCGUGAGCGAGGCCAAGCCGGUGGGCUCGACACGCACGGACAAGGAUGCGUUGCUCGACCUCAUGGGUGACGAGAUGCCGGUGGCAAGCGGAGGUGCUUCGGCCAGCGCUGGUGCCAGCACGCAGCAGAGCACGCAGGAUCUGCUGGCCGACAUCUUUGGUGCCAGCGACAUGGGUGGCGCUCCCGCGCCUGCUGCUGCGCCAGCGGGUCGACCGGCUCAGAAAGCCAAGAGUUCGGUCAACGAUAUUCUCGGUCUGUUUGGCGACGGUGGCAGCACACCCGUUGCGCCAGCGGCGGCUCCUGCUGCAGCAGCUUCCGCAUCGUCGGCCUUUGGGGGUCUUGACUUGCUCGGUGGUCUGGACGGUAGCUCGUCGUCCCCUGCCCCUACUCAAGCAGCUGCUGCACCUGCACCCGCUGCGGCGCCCGCUGCGCCUGCGGCUUCGAGUGCCAAGGCGCAUACAGUGUACGAGAAGAAUGGGCUCAAGAUCACGCUUACGCCCACGACCAACCCGGCGCGUCCCGAGAUUGUCAACAUCACGGCGCGCUUCACCGCCACAGGUGGCAACGUGUCCGGGGUCAACUUCCAGGCGGCGGUACCCAAGACGCACAAGUUGCAGAUGCAGGCCAUCUCCAACUCGGAUGUUGUGCCUGGUGCGACAGAGACGCAGGCGCUGCGUGUCAUGGUGCCCAACAAUGCGCCCGUGCGUCUGCGUCUGCGCAUCGCCUUCACCGUCAACGGCCAAAACAUCCAGGACCAGACAGAUUGGGCUCAACCCUCCGCCUAA